CAGUUCGCACUGCAACACUUCUAACUGUGAAGUGUGAGGUUCUAAUUGACAUUGACGGAUAUAAGGAAUUAGGAGUUCAGGAGCUGGCCACAUUCUCGCUGUCUUCAAAUCAGCAAGAUGUGGGUCCCCAAUCUACCCGUCACGAUCAUUUCUGGGCUAGCGGCGGGCGCGGGGGUGCUUUGCUUAAUCAAAGACAUGUAUGGCGGCCCCCCCUACAACAAGGAGAUGAGUGCAGCAGGCAAUACUGUGAUCAUCACCGGAGCCGCCAGCGGCAUCGGCAAGGAAGCAGCGUGGGAGUUCGCUAAACGCGGUGCUAAGGUGUUUAUGGCGUGCCGAGACAUGUCAGCGUGCGAGGUUGCCAGGAAGGAGGUGGUGCUGGAGACCCAGAACAAGUACGUGUACUGCCGACCCUGCGACUUGGGUGAUCUGGCCUCCGUCAGGAAUUUUGUACAGAUUUUCAAGUCUGAAGAGCCUCGCGUUCACAUCCUGAUCAACAACGCAGCAGUUAUGGAGCCGCCGCAGGGGGUGACGCGGGACGGCUUCGAGACUCAGCUCGGAGUCAACCACAUGGGACACUUUUUGUUAACACAGCUACUGCUUGAUACGAUAGUGGCUUCAGCUCCUAGUCGCGUAAUAUCGGUGACCUGUCCGAGGCACACCAAAGGCGAUCUCAAUAUGGAGGACUUGAACUUCAGCAAGCACUACGACGCAGCGGCUGCGUACAACCAGAGCAAAUUGGCCAAUGUGUUGUUUAUGAGGGAGCUCGGCCGGAGGAUGCUGGAAAAGGACGUGGCAGUAAUAGCCGUAGAUCCAGGAUUGACCGACACAAACCUGACCCGCCACCUAUCGAUGGCGAAGAGUGUCUCUCGGUUCGUGGUAUAUCCAAUAUUCUGGCCCUUUAUGAAGAGACCGAGGACUGGCGCUCAAACCUUGGUUCACGCGGCCUUAGAACCUAGCCUACAGAAAUGUAAAGGAGACUAUUUCGUUGACAUGAAAUUAACACAACCAUCAGAGAAGGCCCAGGACUACGAGCUGGCGCAGUGGCUGUGGAAGGUCAGCGAACGGUGGACCAAAGCACAGGAGCACCAGGCGGCGCUUAACGUCGCCGCCGCCUAGAACUUAAAUCUCUGAAGUUAUAUACUGUGUGGAGCUGCGAAUACUUAUCAUCAUAAUUAGUAUCCGUCAGAACUCGUACGUGAAUAGCGCCCACGUAAGGGUGUUGGAAAAUUUCAAUAAAUUACUUUCAUGUUUAAAUUUAUUUUAUUAUGAUUAAGGUUAAGUAGCUUUAAUGUAAUUUAAUUUCGCCAUUAGAGCUCCACACUGUAUAUAGUUUCAAACUAUCUAGUUCGGAUUGUGACGUAUAUAUAUAUAUAUAUAUUAUAUUAUAUACUAUAAACAUUCAAUAAGUUGUGUUUUCACGUCGAUGUGACAUAGACAGCGAAGUUCCCUCUGUUCUAUUGAAAGACCUACAGGACUAGUUAGAAUCCUUUAUCUCCCCGGUGAAACGAACUGAGGUUCGUAUUCAUACAUAAAGAGAGUUGUAACUAGCAUUUAUUGUAUUGUAGUAUGAAUAAAGUUAAGUAGUCGGCAAUUUAAGUGUAAAUAUUAAAGAUUAGUAAGUUGAA